UUUUUCAUUUAAAUUUUGAACUUGCUAGCGGACGGAUCGUGCUCGCUGCUACUCUCCGCACCAUCGCCAUCACCGUCAUCAACAUCGAAGUUUGUGGGAAUAAAAACUGUGCACGAACGUAAGCCAAGUUUUAACAAAAAAACAGGUUCGAAUGAAUAGAACAAAUGUGGUGUAAAAAUUGUAGUUUUGGUGUCGAAUAACUGCUCCACAAGAUUGUUUGGUUCCGUAGUUCUUUUCGCAACAAAGCAAAUCGUGUAAACAGAGAGCAGAACCGGAACGAAACCGGCCGAACCAAGAUCAAUCCCAUUGUGUGUUGCACCGUGUGUUCAAAAGAGCGAAGGAAAAGCUCCGGUGCAUGCCGCUACUCCACAGUGCGCCCUGUGCCACAUCUCGGUCACACUUUGUUGAAAGCGUUUCGGGGGGGCAGGUUAGUGCAAUUUGUUCAAGAAGGUGCACAAAAUAACCUCCAGGAACGUAUCGGUAACGUGUGUAUGUGUUGUUUUGGAUUUGUGCCGUUUCUUCAACGUCGCGUGUUCGCAUUACCACAACCCGCACCCGGUUCUAUAUUGUUGUUUCGAUCCGUUACGGUAAUCCGGCCAGAGUGUGUGCGCGUUCGAUGGUGUGAGUGAAAACAUCAAAGCAAACCAUAUUAUUUCUCCACCAAAAUCAAAGGGCCCAGAACAAGGGCAAGCUUGCCGUUUCUCGGGCACACGAAACGCAGCAAACCUUGACCUUCGGUGUGUGUGUGUGUUAGUGUGUGUCGUACGCGCUCCGGUGCAUUUCUUACGUAGCUUUUCCCUUCCGUACCGGUGAGCUUUUUUUUUUGUUGCUUUUACUUGGUGCUGGACCAUGUUAGAGCUACAUCCCGACAUCGGGGAAGUGCAUCUUACCCGUCCGGCCACGGCUGCCACCACACGGUCCGCACUGGAAGCGAUCAAGAAAAAGUUUGAACUUGCAGCUGCCGCCGCAAAUGCCGACGUGAGCGAGAAGCUUCUGCUUGAGAAGGGAAAGGAAACAAAGCCGGCGUUCGGUUCCGCGGGUGUUCCAUCGACCCCGGACGGAACCGAACAUUCACCGGUCAAACCACCUUCAGCCAUCGGAUUGAUUGAUUCCCGUGGGUGCGCCAAACCAGCCAAAAAGUUCGGCGGAACUCGCAGUGAGUUCGUCGGCAAACUGCGCGCCCUCUGUGAAGCGGGCGGUGUAACAGGCCUCGCUGGUAACGGAGGUGGAGCAGGAGGAGGAGGUGUAGGUGGUGGAGGAGGUGCUGAAGAGAAGCGCAUCAGCAAAAGUACCGACGACAUUGCAGAUAGUGACGAGCGCGACAUGACCAAUACACAGCUAUGGUUCCGUGGCGUUCGGCCAUCGAAGUUCCGGCACGUGUACGGUCUGCCAACGCGAAAGGAGUGCUGCUACACCGACAUCAGUGUGGUGCGCAGUGGCAAUGAUGGUAACUUCUGUGCCGUCAAUCCAACAUUUCUGGCAAUUGUGGCCGAUACGACGUUUGUUGUUAUUCCGAUUGCCACAACCGGUCGAAUCGAUUUCCAGUGCUGCAAGGUGAUUGGUCAUGCGGGUCAGAUUCUCGAUCUGAAGUGGAACCCCUUUGAUGAUCACACGAUUGCAUCUGCCUCCGAUGAUUGUACGAUUAAAAUCUGGAACAUUCCUGAAGGAGGAUUGGCUAGCAACCUUACUAGCUACGUGACAGAGCUGGUCGGCCACAAGCGCAAGGUGCUGCACAUCGAAUGGCACCCAACGGCAUCAAAUGUGUUGAUGAGUGCGGGCUUCGAUCAUACCGUGUGUGUAUGGGACGUUGGAAAUACCGAACGACCAUUGCUUAAUGUCAUCGACUGUCACGUUGACAUGAUCUACAGUCUCGCCAUCAAUCGAGAUGGAUCAAUGAUUGCCACCACUUCGAAGGAUAAGAAAUUGCGCGUCAUCGAACCACGUAGUGGCAUUGUCGUCUCGGAGGGCAUCUGUCACAUGGGUACCAAGUGUUCGAAGGCAGUAUUUCUGGACAAUGGACGUAUCCUCACAACGGGAUUCUCGCGCCAUUCGGACCGUCAGUACGCCGUGUGGGAUCAGCACGAUCUGAGGAAACCGCUCACACAGGAGGUGAUCGAUAGUUCGAGCGGUAUCGUCACGCCGUACUACGACUAUGACACGCGCAUGGUGUACCUAGCUGGCAAGGGUGAUGGUAACAUCCGCUACUACGAGGUGGUAGACGAACCACCGUAUGUGCACUAUCUGAACCAAUUCCUGUCCGGCCAGCCACAGAAAGCGCUCGGUUUUAUGCCAAAGCGUGGUCUCAACGUGCACCAGUGUGAGGUGUUUCGUUUCUACAAGCUACACGCGGCCGGUAACAUCUGCGAACCGAUCUCGAUGAUAGUUCCACGCAAAUCCACGCUGUUCCAGAGUGAUCUCUACCCAGAUACGCUAGCGAACGUGCCAGCGAUUGGUGCAAAGGAGUGGUUCCAGGGUCGUAACGUGUCCCCAGUACUGAUGUCGAUGAAGACAGGCGAGUCAAUCAUGAUGGAGGUAUCGAAUGGCAAAACGAACCGCAGCAGUACAGAGUCCAAGAUUCAACGCACACAUUCCAUCCAUCUUGUCAACGGAAAUCAGACGAACGGAGGCACCAACACUAAUGGUCACACUGCAAUAACGAUUACAAAUGGUACGGAUCGGAACCACCAGCAGAACGGUACUUACGGAUCAAACCUCACCAAUGGCAAUAAUCAUUCCUUGAGCAUCAAACAGCAGCAACAUUCGCUCAACAAAGAGAACGAACUAGACAACCGCAAGAUGGAUAAUAACAAUACGAAGAAGUUUGCGUUCCUCUCGCAACCGACCAUUCCUGACUAUCGACCACAAACGAUUAUCGAGAAAAGCCAGAAAACGUCCACCAACCAGAGUACAAAGUUUCACCAACUGCAGGCAAUCUUUGGGCAGCAGACCACCAACCACAAGGACAUUGCCAACCUGCAAAACAAUCUGCUCAGCAACUCGCGCAACAGCUCCCGGAACAGUUCGCUCGAAAACAUUAACCUGCUUAACUCGGAAAAUGAGCUGCGGAAGGCAUUUAACAAACAGACGGACGAAAUAAAGAGUCUACGCAAAACGCUUAACCUUUCGGAGAAGCGUGUGCGCGAGCUGGAAGCGGAAGUGAAGCGGCUACAGCUGCAACUAAAGCAACACCAGUAAUUCCGUCGCUAACGUGGGGAGAAUGAUGGAUAUACACAUUGUGAUUGGGAUUUGUGAUUGUUUCGAAAAGAGAGUUGAAUGAUUUUUUUUAAAUGAUUAUGUCUCUUUUGCCGGAAGCAUUAAAUGAAUGUGUGUGCGUGUGUGCGUUUUGUGUUUUUCUUUUUUGCAUCUUGUCAAGCGUCCCUUACGACAAUGUUUGUCGUAUUUUUUUGUACACGCUUGUGAAAAGUGAUCGCGUAGAAUAAGAUUAAGAUGAAGUGGAUGGGAGAAAGGAUAUGAGGAUAAUUAGAAGCGACAAAGAAGUAUGUUAGUAGGUGUACGAAAUUAGUUACCAAGAUCACCCAACGGUAAAACGAUCGUUCUGCAAGGCGUUUGAUUUAAGGAACGAUAGCACGAUUAACCAAAAUACAUGCAGCGAACAAAUGGGGAAGGAUAGGAAGGACAUUUUGUGACGUAAUUGCUCUGCCAAAACGCUUCUACUACCGAAUGCUGGCGCACUAUUACAGUAGCCACACUUAUACUGACACGUCUGUAUAUGCGUAACAAUAAUUGCUUUUAACGAUGACUCGCGAAACAAACGAACGAUCGAACGGUUCGGCAAUAAUGCACCGCACAAUGAUAUAGUAGCUUAACAUGCUUAUAACCCAGAACCAUACGUACGCAGGUACAACAGUUUGUGUUCAACAAGUUAUGCUGCGAAGAGCAUACAAUCCCGAUUUUAAACCCUCCAUCUCAUCUGUUCCGUUUUCCCUGCAUCUGCUUACGCGAAGAAGCUUUUUGCCUGUGGCUUAGUACACUAGUAAAGGUCACUAAUAAUGUAGCACAUAGUAUUACCACAGCAACACACAAUGAUCCUUGGAGGUCUUUUUCAUAAUCUCUUUUGGAGAAGCAUUUAUCUCCGCUGGCAGUGGAUGCAAGACCGGUGUAUCGGGAGAACAAUAAGGGAUAACAAUUGCGAACAGCGCAGUUGUGACAAAAAGACACGCAUUUCGGAUUUUCAUUCUUCAAACAAGAAGUUAUACAAUUUUAAGGAUUAGCAAACCGCGAUGGCUUUUUGCCUAGAAUGAGUGCAUGGAAACGUGUGCCUGUGUUUGAAUGUGUAUGGAUGAAAGUGGUAUGUGGAAUGAAGUCAGAUUGAGUGCAUAAUUUAAAGAAAGCAAACAGCAAACCCGCUAAAUAAUGUGAAUGUGAAACGCUACAACUAGUGUUCUAUAUAAGGAGCCUACUGAGCUAGAUCGAGCGUGUUCAGCUCACCGACGUUACACCGGACAGCGAGAUCACGAGCACCGGGCUUAGUGCGAAUUAUCGGUGAGAUAGCUCAGGAUAGCAUUUUAGUUGUAUUUUUUUGUGUUGUAUAUGCCGUAAUAAUAAAAUAAAAACGCUCUGUACCUAUACCGAAA